GCAGAAAAAGUAUCGGUAUCGGUCGGUCGUAUUUUUGUUAUGCUGUUGUUGUUGUUGUUUAGCAAAAAUGGAUCAACAACUGCACCGUCUGACGGAUCGUCAAUAUUCGGAUGUGGAGGGCUUGUUGCAGGCCAUGGAUAUGCCGAGCUCAGACCACGAAGAAAUUGAGUCGGAAUCGUGCCGACUAAGCCGGUAUAAUGUUGCCAACCUGUAUGAGGGACGUCAGCGUUGCUACACAAUGCCACACGUGCCCCCCGCGCCGCCCUCCACACCAACGCUGUUAACGUCCAACGGCAACAGCAGCAACUGCCUCGCCACCAACGGGAAUGGAAAUGGGAGCGGGAAUGGGAGCGGUAAUGGGAAUGGAAAUGGCAGCUCCAGCUCACCCACCGCCAGCCUGGUGUCCGAUAAUCAAAUCAAUCAUUUUAUCUAUGUGAAAAACGGUAAGAACCUGCGUCGUGAAUCCCGCUGCGUUGACUCGGAACUGUCCAAGCUGUUCAACGUUGUUUCCAUCACAAAUCGGUUGACGGCCGUCAAGAAUCGCACACACAGCAAACAGCAACUGGCCGAGCGGGGCAUCAUUAAUGCAUCGCGCACCAUUUCCAAACUGCAUGGGGCGACGAAAAUCUUUAAGAUCCAUCGUGAUCCCAAGGAAUUCCUGCGCGAAACGGAUGAGGAUUCGGUGUCGGCGCCCGAAUACGACGAGGAGGAGGAGGACACACGCUUCCGUUUCUUUCGACGGACACGGCACUCGCGACGGCAUUCGUUCUCCCGGAUGGAGCGUAAAUUUGCGCGAUUCGAGCAUUACGAACGGAUGGAGACGAUUGUCGAUAGUUUCGAUGCGGCGAUGAGUUUUAACGAUGCGGACACCUGAGCUGUAGUUGAUGCUGCUGCUGCAGCCGCGGGCAACAACACCACGGGCACGGGGCAGGUGGUUCGCCGCUGAGUGCAAACCAAUGUGAUGAAUGUGAAUUUCAACUAAAUUAUUUUUAUUACUACUACUAUAUAUGAUUACGAAUUAUGAUUACCGAUUAUCGAUUAUCGAUUACCAAUUAUCGAUUACCGAACUGUUCUCUCCAUACAUUUAGUUCUUUUGCGCUGAUUGCCGUUGCGUCCUGGGCCACGGUUCACCUCAUUAUCGGACAUGUGGCCCCGGACUCAAGCGCAGGGCGAGCAUUUAGUUUUUAGCUUAGUUCUUAUACGCCCCUGUGUGGUCUCUCUCUCUCUCUCUCUUUCUGUGGCGCCCUCUCCUUCUCUCUCUAUGCCGACGUUUAACAGCAGCACCAACCACAACAACAACAACAUUAACAAUUACAAUCAACAGGAAAGCACAAUGCCAAGAAUUUGGUUGUUUUUGUUUUAUUUGCUGAGAAUGUCGACCACAAAGAGAGAGAGCGAGAGAGAACCAAACAAACUAUUCCAAUAAAUGCACAAAAUAAUGUGUUGUAUUUGUGAAGACGA